AGAUCUGCACACUCGUUGUGUCUUAUGAAGUAGAGGGACGUUAAUUAGUCUUUUAUAUGUUCAUACGAGUAGCAAAACGUGUAGAGGCCCACAGUGCGUUUGUUCUUCUUAUGUUCUGCUCUCUUUAUUUAACGGAGGCCGACAGGAAAGCUGAGUAGACCUGCAAACUACCUACUGUUUGUCAGGGUAAAGCCACGCUGUUGACAGUUACAACACACAGACGUUUACAUUAAGGCACAUUUUCUAAUGCCUAUUUGUAGCUUUAUCAGAUUCACCAUAUUACAAUAACGUGGAAAAUGGCAAGUGACAAUAGAAAUUAAAUUACAGUCAGUCGAUGAAUACCACCCUGGGGCUGUGUGACACAGAUGCUCCAGGAUGGAUCAGGCAAUUUUCAGCCAGAGCUCAAACCUGACAGUGCUCGAACCAGACAGUGAGGACCUCCUGCUCAGAAUAGACUUCUUCAGGAAACUGGGUUACUCCUCAGCAGAGGUGAAGGCUGCUCUGAGGAAGUUGAGCCUAAGCACAGACACCAACGCGGUGCUGGGAGAGCUUGUCCGGAGCAGGACCUGUACUGCACCCUGCCUGUCCAGUUCUGACUGCGAUGAGAAGAGCGUAGGCCAAAAGGAUCCUCUGCUGCCUUCCAGUUGGGAACUUGGACCCUGCAAAAUCACACCACAACAUACUGCACACACAGAAUUGAGGCCAAUCGUUAUCGACGGCAGCAAUGUGGCCAUGAGUCAUGGCAACAAAGAAGUGUUCUCAUGCCGAGGAAUCCAGCUGGCAUGUGACUUCUUUCUGGACAGAGGUCACAAUACUAUUACUGUGUUUGUUCCCACUUGGCGCAAAGAGCAACCCAGACCUGAUACCCCCAUAACAGAUCAACACAUCCUGUUGGAGCUUGAAAAACAGAAAAUAGUGGUCUUCACUCCAUCACGCCGUGUUGGGGGUAAGCGAGUGGUUUGCUAUGAUGACCGCUUUAUCGUCAAGUUGGCAUAUGAGUCAGACGGCGUGAUCGUAUCCAAUGACACCUACCGUGACCUACAAGGAGAAAGACCUGAGUGGAAGAAAUGCAUCGAGGAGAGACUCCUCAUGUACUCCUUUGUGAAUGACAAGUUCAUGCCCCCAGAUGACCCACUGGGUCGCCAUGGCCCCAGUCUAGACAACUUCCUUAGGAAAAAGCCACUGCCUACGGAGCAAAAGAGACAGCUCUGCCCCUAUGACAAAAAGUGCACUUACGGCAUCAAAUGUAAGUUCUACCACCCAGAGCGGGCAAACCAGUCCUACCUAUCCUUGGCUGAUGAACUGCGAGAGAAAGCCCAAAUUUCCACUUUAAAAGAAGAGAGAAAUGCCACAUUACCACCCAGACAGCUUCAAGCUGAUCCUCAUGACUCUGAGUACACUAGAGACCAGCAAAGUUCUUCACAUCCCGGUCAGGUUAGUGAAAAUACACUGCUGUACUGGGAGGAUCCCAGAAAAAGUCUGAAUCAUAUGUCCCGUUCUAUAACAGGAGGCCAAUGUCAGAAAGAGUGGCCUGGGCUGCACUCGAUGCCCAGUCAUUACUAUGCCAACAUCUCUCAUGAGUACCUGGAUUCUGGCCUUGGCUCUUAUGAGAGUCACUACUCUGACUUUUCGCAUUGCCUCAGCAACUCCCAUAAGCUCAGUUCCCUGGAGCAAAGUGGUCUCACUGGACCCAGACAUGCCUCAGUGCAUUCGGAGAAAAUUAACAACAGCCAGUCCUGCUGUUACCAUCAUCAUCAACAUCAUGGAAAACUGAACUCCAAGCGUCAACCCAAAUAUGACACCCACCCCCCUCACAUGUUCCCGCUUGGUGUGCCACACCAACACAGCCUCCCCAGCCAUCUCCAUUACAGCGGAGCCCCACAUCAUCAGCAAAAUUACUGGUCAGAUCCCUUUCUGGGGCUCCCCCAAGCCAGGACAUCAUGUGGUCUCCCGUCGUCGGUCCAUUACUCACACUCACACAACUCUUGUUGCUCUAGCAAAGGCCAUCAGUACCAUUCCUGGGGCCAACAACAGUCAUCCUCUGCUGCAUUUGACUCACAAAGGUUGGAACUCCGCACGAAACUGCAAGCCAUCUUCAAUCCGCAUCAGGUGGAUACAGUCAUGGAAAUGUUUCCACAUCUGAUGGAUGCAGAGAAACUGGCUGCAGAGAUCCUCAACUUGAAGGCACAGAGAGAGAUUUUCUGAUGAUUCCUCUGAUGAACUAACAUGACGUGUUAACACUGUGUAAUGUGCAUUGUAGUGCAAUUUGACUUCCUAUUUAUAAGUUAUAUGUAUUUGUAUGACAUUAUAGUCAAAUGUGACCUUGUCAUCCAUAUUUUGGAUGAAAAGUGCCCCUUGACCAAAAAUAUUUAUGAUUGUGUUUCUAGAGUUGUGACUACAUAUCUUUGUCCAAAAAUAAGUUCUCAUGCAAUACAGAAAUGCAGUACAAAGUAUUAAUUUUUCUUUUACUUUCACUGCAGUUCACCAGAACAGCUUGCUGUUCACUAUUAUCUCUGUGAGGUGUUGCUACAAUAUAUUUCGACACACAGGACUUACAAUAAGUGGUGAUCUUACUAGGGAACUGAAAAAAAACUUGACACUAGUGAAAGGAAUUUGCUGAUGUGUCACCACCCUUUUCCUGUAAAUCGGCAUCAAUGAAACAUUCUUAGAACAACCGUAACAUUACACAAGUAUUUGGGUUACUGUGUGAUUGAAAAAUGGCAAAAAAAAAUGUGAAGUUUAGUUCUCAUGAAAAUGCAGAUUAUGUUCUCUUAGAAAAUCACUUUGUAAAGGUAUACUGUAAUAUACAUUUAUAGUAAGCAUGUGUAUAAAAAAUUAGAUAUUAUGUGUGUCAUUUGGACUUAAAUGUAAGGUUAUCGUUCUUUCUUGUGCUUAGCUAAUCUGAAAUAUGCAUCCAAGGUUUAACAGGAACUAAAUAACUUGGCACUCACUCAUGCUUACAUCACAACGUAUUGCCUAAAAUUCCUACUCAACUAAAUUUCACAGGUGUGUCUCCUGUGCACAGACCUAUCUGCUACAACCUUUUUUCUAAAAAAUUUGGGCGAGCCCAAUGGUUUUACACACCAAGAAAUGUUCUACUCUGCAGCUUGUGCUGCAAGAUUGAACAAAUAAGAAGUGUGUGUGUGUGUGUGUGUGUGUUCAUGUGACAGACUGAUGUCAAUUGAAAACAGUUUUUGGCUAGUCUAGAGUUACUGUUGAAUAAUAGCUUAAUUUUCUAUAAAGAUGCUUUAACUGACCCAUGGAUAACAAUGUUAGUUGUUUGGUCAGUCGGCCACCACUUUGGUGCAGACUGAAGUAUAGCUAUUUGAUGGAUUUUGGAUAUAGCAACACCAUGAGGUUGACUUUUAAAACAAUAACUAUUGGAUGGAUUGCUGUGAAAUUUGGUAAACACAUUCAUCGUCCCCAGACGAGGAAAUGUAAUCUUUUCGAUCCCCUGACUGCUUUUGCUUAUGACUGAAUGCCUGCUAAAAUAAUGACAUUGCCACCUGUCUCAGCUGAUGUUGGCAUGGUAACCUCAACUAAUGCGGUGAACAUGGUAAAUAUUAUACCUGCAAAACAUUACCAUGCUAGCAUUAUCAUUGUAAGCAUGUUAGCAGUUUAGCUCAGUGCAAGAAAGAAAACAGUUAACAGUGCUCAGACCUAUGGUUGGCUAAGCCAUGUGCUUGAAAUUCACAGUUUCUCUGUAAGACUAAGACAAUUUUUGUGCUUGUUUUGGGACUAGUACAGCAACGAACUCAAGAAGAGAACAGCAACUUUGUGCACCUCUAACAUUACUGUCUGCCGAAACUCACACAAUUAUUUGACGAAAUGGUAUUUUUAUUGUGAUUAACAGACAAAACACACAUGACAAACAUACCUUUUAUGUAUGUACUUUGAUUCAAAGAUGUAUCUCAUUAUAAUAAGGUCUAAAUCCAUGGCCUUAACUACUGUUCUGCAUU